AUGUCUACGACAGAGAAAGUUGUCGUGGGCUCAAGUAAGCCCGAUCUGUCAAGCAACGACGACGGUGAUGAAGCUGUUACCGGACUAACUCUGGGUCUUCUGAUAAUGGGGCUCGUCCUUUGUAUCUUUCUAGUGUCACUUGACAUGACCAUCAUCGCCACGGCGAUCCCUCAGAUCACCAGGGAUUUCAAUAGCAUUGAUGCCAUCGGAUGGUACGGUGCUGCCUUCAUGCUCACGCUCACAGGUUUCUCCCAGCUGUGGGGAAAGGCGUAUGGCCACUUUUCCAUGAAAUGGGUCAUUAUCACCGCCAUCGUCCUCUUUGAAGUUGGCAGCCUGAUUUGCGGCAUUGCGAAAAACAGCAUUACUCUGAUUACGGGUCGUGCUAUCGCUGGCGCUGGCGGUGCCGGCAUCACGAAUGGCUGCUACACCAUCAUUGGCGUCGUGGCACAACGGGAGAAGCGUCCUGCAUAUGCGGGCAUCCUCGCCUGCACGUACGGCAUCGCCAGUGUAGUUGGUCCUCUAGUUGGCGGUGCCUUCACAUCCCUUGUAACUUGGCGUUGGUGCUUCUACAUCAACCUGCCAAUCGGGGGGUUUGCAUUGCUGGUGCUUAUCGCUUUCUUCAAAGUUCCAGCUGGUGCUGUGACUGUCAAAACCCCGUACGCCGACAAGUUGAAAUCCAUGGAUUUUGGCGGCGUCUUGCUGGUCAUGCUGGCCCUCAUCUUCUACAUUCUGCCAUUGCAGUGGGCUGGCAUAGCAAAAUCCUGGGUAUCUGGUGAGGUAUUGGGAUUCCUAAUUGCAUCGGUUGUCGUCGUGGCUAUCUUUGUAGCGUACCAAAUCUGGAUGGGGGAGAGAGCCAUGAUGGUUCCGCGGCUCAUCAAACAGAGGCGCGUGCUGAGUCUGGCAUUGUUCAACAUGUUCAUGGCUGGGUCGUUUUUCAUCUUCAUGUACUACCUGCCCAUAUACUUUCAAGCCAUUGGCGGAAGUUCCGCAACGGGCAGCGCCGUCAAAAACUUGGCCCUCAUUUUAAGCUCAACCGUCGCCAGCUUGGUUGGCGGCGCGUUGAUGAUGCCCGUGGGAUACUUCCACGUCUUCCUCUUGGUCGGGUCUACACUCUGUUUGAUUGGUGGCGGCUUAUUUCUCACCCUUAACACACAUCUAGUUGUCGGUAAUUACGUCGGCUACCAGUUGCUGUUUGGCAUAGGCGCAGGCUUGUGCUUCCAGGCGCCUGUCAUGGUCGGGCAAGCGUUUGCAAAGCCAUCAGACAUGGCCUCAACUACAGCUAUACUAUUAUUUUUUCAAACCCUGGGAGGAGCCAUCUUCAUCUCGGCUGCUCAGUGCAUCUUCACCAAUAGACUGGCCGUGCACCUGUUGAGCCAUGCCCUUGAAGAUGGUACCUUUGUUCCUGUUUCACUUAUCACUACACUUGGAGCGGCUGAUCUCCGUGGUUCACUGACCGAAGCACAGCUGGAAGUUGUCUUGCCUGCUUACUUAGCCGGGCUUAAGAGCGCUUGGAGUCUGGCAGCGGCAUGCGCUGGAGCAUCGUUCGCAUCAUCACUUCUUGCCAAAUUUGAAACCAUGAAAUCUACCAUCAAUAAGAAGAACGAUGAUGUUGACACGGAGGCGGUGGAGACACUCAACUCGCCUCCUGAGAAGCCUUCCCGCUAAGGUCCAUACAAUCGUCUUCUAAGCAUGUCGCUAAUAUAUCAACCCAAGAAAAUGUUUGUAAAAUCACAAUUCAC